CCUAUAAGUACUUAUGCUUCCAGUUUUUCGUCUAAAAGUCACAUCCACAGUAGCACGGUCAUACAUGCAUUUGCUAGCCUUGGGUUCAAAUGGUCCAACAACCGACACAGAAACAGUACUUUUACCUAAAUAUAAAAAAAAUGUCUGAACCGAGUAAGUUAACUUCAAGAUCACAUGUCUCAACGAUCGAAUGGGAUAUGAUGGACAAGACAAAAUUUUUGCCAUUAAGUAUGUUAAGCUCGUUUUGUGUUCGCUGUACUCUCUAUCCAUUGACUUUAAUUAAAACAAGACUUCAAAUCCAAAAACAUGGAGAGAUGUAUAAAGGUUUGCUGGAUGCGGCUAAUCGUAUUUAUCAUACAGAAGGUAUGUCAGGGCUUUAUCGUGGUUUUUGGGUAAGUUCUGCCCAAGUAUUGUCUGGUGCAGCUUACAUUGGUGCGUAUGAACAAACUAGACAUAUGACAGCUCCAUACUUACAACAAUGGCCUGAAAUCAGAUCAAUGGUUGCGGGAGGUGUGGCGUCUGUUUUUGGCCAAACAAUAAUUGUACCUUUUGAUGUGGUUAGUCAGCAUUUGAUGAUGCUUGGUUUGUCAACUAAUAGUGCAAACAAAGAUAAAAUAAUAUAUUUUCGGCCACUCGCUAUUCAUUUAGACAUUUCAAAAUCAAAAUUUCGCACCACAUUAGAUAUUGCUCAAUGUGUUUAUCAACAAGAUGGAUUUAAAGGAUUCUACAGAGGUUAUGUGGCCUCGGUUUGCACUUAUGCACCAAAUAGUGCUUUAUGGUGGAGUUUUUAUACAAUAUUUCAAGAUCAACUUGAAAAAAGGUGUCCAGUGAGCACUUCACUUUUAUUUUUGCAAAGCAUUUCAGGAGUAUUAGCUGGCUUUACUACUACUCUGAUAACAAAUCCCAUGGACACAAUAAGAGCACGAUUACAGGUUCAAAGAACAAACUCUAUUGUUGGUACAUUCAAUGCCUUAUGGAGAGAAGAGGGCAUGUUAAUGUUUAGUAAAGGACUUUCUGCCAGAUUGGUCCAGUCAAUUUGUUUUAGUUUUACAAUUAUUUUAGGUUACGAGAGCAUCAAAAGAGUUAGUGUACUUCACGAGUACAAAGAUCAUGUACGGUGGUAAUAUUGAUCGUACAGAUUGGUAUUACCUAUGUUGACAAUAUUUCUUUUUUUUUAUUGUAUUUUUUUAAAGGAGUACGUGCUACAAAAAACAAGUUUAUGUAAAUUAAUGUAUAAUACAUUUAAAAUAACGGUAUGACUAUAUAACGGCCUAUCUAACAAUUUUAAGUGUGAUAGUUUUGUACACUGAUACAACUUCAGGCAUCACAGAUUAGAACAUUUUUAACCAUUACAUGUCAGAUUUUAGCAAUGUGUAUUUGUAUUACAUUAUAUAAAUUUUGAAUUAUUGUUUUAAGAAAAAAAAAACAAUGAGUGUAAUGUGCUCCUUUAAUAGCUUUAAACGAAAAUUCUAAAUGACAAAUAUGAUUAUUGAUUUAUGUUAAGUUUUGUUAUGUUGACAAUUUUAUUUGUUUAUUUAUGUAUGUAUAGUCAACACUUAUUUUUAUUGUUACCUUUAGUUAUUUUAUUUUUAUGUUGUUAAAUGUGUUACACUUCUAAAAUUAUAGAAUAUCACAAUGCAAUAA